AUGGCACCCUCAGAGAGACAGCUGGCUGCGAUAUCUGUCACAGAGCGUGUCUGCUCAACUAUAUCCUUAAUUGGUACAUUUGUCAUCGUUGCCACGUUCAUUGGGUCACGCUCAUUCCGGAAACCUAUCAAUCGCCUCGUCUUCUAUGCUUCUUGGGGCAAUAUCAUGGCCAAUAUAGCUACUCUAGUCUCGCAAUCGGGAAUUCAUGCUGGCGUUGGGAGCUCUCUGUGUCAGUUUCAAGCAUUCUUGAUCCAAUGGUUCAUGCCCGCAGAUGCUCUGUGGACCUUUGCGAUGGCCUGCAACGUCUAUUUGACAUUCUUUCACAAAUAUAACUCCGAGCAGCUACGUCAACUGGAGUGGAAAUAUGUCCUCUUUUGCUACGGUCUUCCGUUCAUUCCAGCUUUUAUUUACUUCUUCAUUCAAACCCAGGCCCGAGGCCGGCUUUGGUGUUGGGUUUCUCUUCCCUGGGAUUUCCUCCGGAUUGCGGUCUUCUAUGGACCCGUGUGGUUUGUGAUCUCAUUGACCUUUGCCAUCUACCUGCGUGCCGGAUCAGUCAUCUACCAAAAACGACGCCAACUACGGAAUCUCGGCGGAAUAGAGUCCCUCGAUACUGACGGCCACAUGGAUUCUCCUCUAGUCAAGCUCACCGGCAUCCAGGUGACCAGCGAGAUAGCUUAUUCUUCCCCCGAACGCAGGUCUUUGUCGACCAGUGAUGUCCCUUCCCGUAGCUUUUCCCCGUAUUCAAUCACCAUCGAGGGCGGCCUAGUGGACCCCAUCACCAGUCUCCAGAAUUCCGAGGACGACGUAUCUGCUCAUGUCCAGGGCUCCAAUUCACACCCCGGAUCACAGGCCCAACAGAUAGCAAGUCCUCUCAAGCCCAUCCGAUCCGAGGCGGUGGAGUCCUAUUCCCAGCGCCGUGCAACAGCCACAGAAGCGAAUUCGGCUACCUGGGCUUAUACAAAAUAUGCAAUGCUGUUUUUCAUCGCUCUUCUAGUGACAUGGGUGCCCUCCACAGCCAAUCGAGUAUAUGCUCUCGCCCGCCCCGACGACUUUUCUUUCGGACUCAACUAUACUUCCAGUUUUGUCCUCCCACUACAAGGGUUUUGGAAUAGUCUAAUUUAUGUGUCAAUAUCAUGGCCGGCUUUCAAAACGCUUUGGGGAAAUUUUCAACGGCGCACUCAACGGUUGCAAAAGAUAUGA